GGAACAAGUAGUUCAAACUUCAUUUGACAAAAGAGGACAAACUAAACACUGAAAAAUGUCUGCCACUGCCCAUGAAUUUGAGUAUGUGAGAAUUCAGACUUAUGUUCUUAAAGUUCAGAUCCACUGUCAUGGAUGCAUGCGGAAGGUGAAGAAACUGCUUACAAGAAUUGAAGGGGUUUAUCAAGUGAAAAUGGAUGUCGAAGAACAAGUGGUCAUAGUAUAUGGUAAUGUGGACGCUGCAACACUGAUCAAGAAACUAAACAAAUCAAGGAAACAUGCAGAGCUUUUAUCAGAGAAUCCAUUGGAAAACCAGGAAACACAACUACUCUAUAACUGGUUCAAUGAUAACAACAAUCACCAAAACCAGGGAGCUCUAAACUGGUGUGACUAUGAGAAGACUCAGAAUCCGGAACUCCUUAACUGGCUCAAUAAUAUCAAGCAUCAAAACCAAAUGCACAGCUCAUACAAUUCUCUUGGAACCUCCAAGAUGCAGCCUAUGUUUUCCCCUAUUGAACGAGGCUUCGAUCAUUGGGGCAACAAAGAGUUUGUGGACCAGAGUGUUCGAUUUGACUCCCUCACAGGUGAGACAAACCAAAACCUUUAUGCACUAGGAAACAUGGAUUAUCCAUAUUUUGGUCAGGAGGAAAACAUCACUAACAAUGCAGAUUUUGGAAUAACUUCCCCAUUUGAAAAUCUGCCAAGUAUACAAGCUGGUAGCAGAAAUCCAAUGGUUGAUUUCCAAGGUCUUCGAAACUCUAAUCCUAGUUUUGCUCCAAACCAAGGUCUCAAGGAUAUUAAUUCCCGUUUUGCUGAUUUGGGAAGCAAAGAACUAGGACUGCGGAACUUACAUACUGCUCGGGGGGCUUAUGGAUAUCAACCAAGGCAAUUCAGUGAGAUAAAUGACAUGCAGGCUUGCCAUUACAGUAAUCCACCUUCAACAAUGAUGAACUCUUACAGGCAGAAAAUGUAUGACAAUGACAUUGACAACUUCAACAGUGAUAUUUACGCCUAUCACCCAGGGAGGAUUCUCAAUCAGACACAUGGUGUCUUCCCACCCAACAUCAGCCAUCCCUGGAACGUGAAUAGCUACAAUAUUUGAGAGAUUACCGUCUCUACACCUCUAUAUGUAGUUUAGAUUUCAAGUUUCACAUUGUCGUCUUCUUUUACCUUUUUUGUCACAAGUACGUUUUCCAUUUGAAUCACUUAUAUACAUUUACGGUGAAAGAA